CCACCACCACCACACCAAAAAAACCCCCUCUCCUACAACCACAAUCCGCCGCAUUGUUAAAGCGACUUCACGAAUAGCGCCAGAAGCUCGCAACAAUGCUCAUCCCACGCGAAGACCGCAAAAAGAUCCACGAAUACCUCUUUCGUGAGGGUGUCGCAGUCGCCCAGAAGAACUAUGAGUUGCCAAAGCAUCCCGACAUUGAUGUGAAGAAUCUUUAUGUCAUCAAGGCUUGCCAAUCCCUCACCUCUCGAGGUUACCUCAAGACCCAGUUCUCCUGGCAAUACUACUACUACACCUUGACCCCCGAAGGUCUGGACUACUUGCGCGAGUGGCUUCACCUCCCGGCCGAGAUCGUCCCCGCCACCCACAUCAAGCAACAACGGUCCCACGCUCCCCCUCGCGGCAUGAUGGGUGGUGACGAGCGCGAACGACGUGGCGGCGGCCGUGGCGGUCCUAGAGGUGACCGUGAGGGCGGUUACCGUCGUCGUGACGCCGGCGGCGAGAACAAGGAGGGCGGUGCUCCAGGCGAAUUUGCUCCUACCUUCCGUGGCGGAUUCGGCCGUGGUCGCGGUGCCGCUCCUAGCUCUUAAGGGAGACUCUUUCUUGCAAACCGAUCUACGCAAAGGAAGCAAGGGCAAUGGGGCAUGGCAAAGGAUUGCUAAGGAAAAUCAGGAAGCCGGGGCAACUGUUGGACGGAGUUUUCUUUUUGCAUCCAGACAUUCCCAAACCUCUCUCCACAUGCGGUGUCUGUGUGUCGAAAAAGAUGCCCGCUGCUGUUGCUGUGAUGAGCAUGGUCAGGACUUGACAUGCAGACACAGAGAUCAUGCGCACUCUGAAAAAGCUUCUAGCUAGAAGACUUGAGAUGAAAAAUACAAAAGAGCCUAUUGUUAAAACGGC